AUGAUGCCCCAAGACCCAGUUCAGCUAUCGACCGCCAAAAGCAUUCCAGUGCUUGCAACGAUACCCUCAGACAUCAACUCAUUUGUCUCAUGCGUGAAUUGUAGAACGCCCUUCCAAGUUGGCAAGUUCCAACCGCUCCACCCUUAUGACAUGCGGGGCGGGAUUGGAGCGUUUGGAGCAACUACCGAAACGGUGCUAGAACUUGGAGCAAUGGGCAUUAGCUGGAAGGGAUUCAACUGGCAGUUCAGUGAAGAUUUGAACAGUCGUGGUUGCUGGCAGCUGAGUGUGCCUGGCAGUGGGCAUCAAGGCUCUAAUUCGCAGGAGAUCCCAGGGAAAGCCAGAUAUAUUAGAGAAAUGGAUGCCAAGAAUCGCGCACUUUGGGCUGGAUAUAAGCUACGUAACGGGAUGACACAGGAAUCGGAACCAUUUUAUGAAGGACGGAACGUUGCAAGGACCUGGCGUCUCCUUCGUUUUUUCAGAUCAUUGGAAGGGUUUCUAAAGGGAGAACUUGAUUUGACCGGGCGCCAUCUCCCAGUGAGGCUCUACAUAUUCCACUUCUUGGAACUGUGGCCCACACUUGAGCUGGUCAUAACUCGUGAACCGAUGCGUCUCGAACCGGAAAUGUAUUUCGAGACAAAGUCGUACAAAGUACUGGACGAGGACCUCUGGAAAAGUGUUAUGAAUAGAUGGCGUCUGACAGAGUAUCAUGGCUAUAUAGCUAUUGAUGGGAUGACCAAGGGUAUUCCCCGAAUACAGAAACUGUGCCUUCUUCAUCUCGCAAAUGAGCUUCUUUACGCCAUCUUCUCUCAGACACAAUUCGACAGUGCUCGAAUGUUAUCCUUGACUUGCAAGGCCCUUAACGCGAUUGGGAGGCAAUACAUUUUCCACCGUCGAACCUUUACCUUUGAAUAUUCGUACACGAAGGUCGACCACAAUCUUCCUCUAGCUCCCCAGUACACCAAGCUGGCCCAAAUUGCAAAGGUGAAGCUGACGGACUCUGCUGGCUUCUUCUUUUCUAGACCAGAUCUUUGUCAGAAGGUGGACAAUUUGUCUUUGUCAAACGAAUGGGGUGGAUCCCUUUUUGUGAAAGAUGAAGAUUUCAGUCUGGAUGAUGUUGAAUCUGGAUUUAUGGCUCGUAUUUCUGAGACGUUUACCGAAGCCGUCUCUCUGAGCGCCCAUGUCACCACAUUAAGCCUCUUCCGCAACUGCCUGGACUCAGAUAUGCUGCGUGCCAUCUGCAGCCUUCAGAGUUUAAAUGUAUUGGAAGCAAAAUUCUGCGAUUUACCUGUCGAAACACGAGAACCGCUGUUAGCCAGCUCAUUCACAAAUUCCCACUUGACAAAUCUCAAAAUCAUGAUGGAGGCUAGCUUUGACGAUGGCUCUUGGGAUGUUUGGUAUAUUCUGGUCCUCUUUUCAAAUCUGCGGACUUUGGAUGUACAUGGACUUGGCGAGAAUCCGUUACCCAUGGCAUUGGAAACCCUUUGGACUCACUGGACCUUCAUGGACACCUUGGAGCGCUUGUGCAUCGAGCCCCUGUGUUCACAUGAUGUCGUUGGACUUGCUUCAUGGAUUCGUGGAGAACUCGUGGGGGGGUUGCCACGGCCCUUGCGUUUGACCCACUUCAAGCUAACCGUUAAUUAUUUCUUAUGGGAUGUCUGGACUGCUCAAAUCAUUCGGGCCCUCCAAACAGCUCCUCUCCAAGUCCUGGUUUUGGAGGGAAUUCACCGCGACUCAGCUUACCCAAGGCUGAUUGAGGUCAUUGCAAUCCAGUUUCCCGACCUCAUCGGUUUGACCUUGGUUAUGCGUGACAGUGAUCGGCAAACGCAGAACAAACCGGCAACUUGGCCAUGCUCUUCUUGGGAAUACGCCCCAAGCCUUGCUCGUUUCAAUCACCUUGAACACUUUGGAUGGAAUUUCCUUAUCAACGAGGACGAUGUCUCGACGCGAACACUUCUUCUUUUCGAGAAUGGAUUUAUUGCGGAUGAUGAUUGGGAGAGGGCGAGAGAAGAAGACACAGCAAUGGGUUAUGAUCGCGACGACCAUUGCGCCGUGUUGCCCUUUGCCACCGCUUGUUCCACUCUAAACUCCUUUGGAUUACUCAAGGGAAAUCAUUUCAGUCUCUAUCAAAUUACGCGUGAGGUGAAUGGGCCGGUGAACAUCGAAUGGGAGUUCUGUUGGGGGUCUAAGGUGAUUCAGCGUUGGGUUCCUGACCCUUUCGUAGGGGGGUGGCCUUACAUCAAGGAUGACUGUAGGAAGGGAGGAUGA